AUGACCAACUUGAUUUUUGUGAUUCUGUUUUUGACCAGAAUGAUCAAUUCAGAAGGUAUUCCAGAAAGACUAUGUGUUAAAAGAAAGCAAGAAUUGAACAUUCAUAAUGAUGAAGAGAUUCUGGAACAUGUUCAGCACUAUCAGGCCUUGGUUAAACAUAUAACAGGGAGAGAAAUGUUCUUGAGCAAGCUGAAGAAUCAGAUUACAUCUUUAAACAGAAAAGUAACUGUGGUCUGUGGUGAGGCAGGAUCUGGGAAAAGUGGGAUCAUUGCAAAAGUAGCUUCUUUGGCUUCAGACUGGAUUUCUGGGAAUCUCAGAGUUGUGCUUCGAUUUAUUGGUAUAACUGGAGAAAGCAGAAAUGUCCGACAGAUGCUUCUGAGUCUUUGCUACCAGAUAGCUGACAUUUAUAAUGUUUCUGUUAUUUUAUCUCAGGAUUUUGAAGGACUGGUAGAAGAAUUUUCCUCUUUGCUGGAAUUGGUUACACAAGAAAAGCCACUUCUAAUCUGCCUGGAUGGUAUAGAUGAAUUAUCCGAAGAAUAUGAUGCUGACCUUUCUUGGAUACCCCCUGAAUUACCAAGGAAUGUGUAUUUUAUUGUUUCCACAUGCUCAGAAUCAGACAUUUCAUGCAUCAGAAAACUGGAGAAAAUAACUGUGAAAGAAAAUUUUUUUCAAAUACCACCUUUAACAUCUGAGGAAAUCAAUGAAAUUAUCACUUGCUGGCUCAGAAAGGAUCAUCGAAGACUCUCCCAAUAUCAGUUCAAUCACUUAAUGGAAGCAUGUAUAGCCUGUCCAUUGCCACUUUACCUACACUGUGCUUAUAAGGAAACCCAUUUAUGGACAUCUUUCAGUCCAGAGACAGAGGUGUGUCUCCCUCAAAAUAUACCUGACAUGUAUUCUUGGAUGCUGAGCAGAAUGGAAAGAUCUCAUGGAGAACAAGUUAUACAAAGGAUGGUAGCUUAUGUGACACUUUCAAGAAAUGGCAUCACUCAGGAAGAAUUGCUCAACCUCAUGUCAGUGGAUUGUGUGGUCAUUCAAGAAAUAAAUAAGUUCCAAAAAACCUCAGUAUCAGCAUUCCCACUAGUGUUAUGGCUGAAGUUUUUAGAUGAUCUUGGAGAUGAUUUGAGAGAACAAAGAACUGACAACACAUAUGUUUUUACUUGGGCCCAUACUUCUUUGAAGCAUGUCUGCAUACAGAGAUAUCUAAAAUCACAAGAUUCCCAAAUAUCACUACAUGCUAUCUUUGCUGAUUACUACCUAGGUAGAAUUUCACAGGAGUUCAGGAAGUGCAAUGAACUGUCAGUAUUUCAGCCUCUGGCCUGGACUUUGAAAAAAGAACCCAAGCCCAGCUACACCUUCAAUGUCCGUAAAAUCCUUGGGGCUCCAUAUCAUCUCAUCGGAUCAAAAAAUAUUACUGUUCUAAUCAAAGAAUGUCUCUUUAAUUAUGAGUUUCUUUUGCACAAAUCCUGGGCCUCAUCAGUUAUCAGUAUUGAAGAGGAUCUAGCAGCAGCUCUUAAUGCUGACAGGACUAUACCUGAUUUAACUUUAUUAAGUGAGACUCUCAAAUUGUCCAAGAGGGUUUUAAUAAAAGAUCCAUGCCAGAUGGCUUCACAACUCAUAGGCCGUCUUCAUUGGAUUGUUGCAGCUGAUGUACCAGUAGCCCCAGGUGACCCUAAAAAAUACCUCUACUUGCCAGCUCUUUUGUCCCAGUGUCAGAAAUCGUCUAUUCCUGUUCUUAUACCUUCAACAACUUGCCUUAUAGCUCCUGGUGGACUUCUCUGUGAUCUUUUGAAAGGUCACUUGGACAGAAUUACAGCAUUAGGAGAAACCCAGAAAGAACUCAUAGUUGCAACAGUCUCCAGGGAUGGUACUUUGAAAAUGUGGGAUUUGACACUUGGCAAGGCGAUCUUCACUCUGCAUGAAAUUGGGAAAAAUAUUAGUGCUAUUGCAGUAUGUUUGGAGAACAAGAUGGUGGCUGUGUCUGACAAGACCACCAUUAAAAUUUGGGAUCUUUCCUUGGAAAAAGUGGUAUAUGCCGCUGGUGAGUUUUUGGAUACUCCAAUACUAACAUCGUCAAUGAAUGGACAACUUCUGCUGGUUUUUUUUAGUGGGAAUCACAAAAUUCAGGUUUUUGAUCUUGUUCAUUCAUGCCAGCUGCUCCAUGAAGUAUAUCUUUUCUCUGAAGAAGAGCCUAUACACAAGACUCAUUCUCUACUGGUAUCAAAGAAUUCAGUAAAAGAUUAUGUUCUAUGCGCAUAUAGAAGCGCAAGUGAAGCAAUGGUUUUCAGUGGCAAAAAGGGGGAAGUAGUCGCUAAACUGAAAAGCCAGGAACCAAUGGCUGCAGCUGAGGGGGUGGCUAUCACUAAGGAUUAUUUCCUUGUGAUCUUCAGGUGCCCUUUCCUGAGAAAGCAAGAGAUUAUUCAUAUAGAGCUCUACAAUGUCCAUACUUUUGCUUAUGCUCACAGUCUGAAGGGAUGCUGCAAUGAUUACAUUCACACUUUUGCUGUAAAUCGUUUGGGAUCUCACCUCGUGGCAUUCAGUCCCAUUCCAAAUACUGGUACCACUGAGAUUGUAUCAUGGAACUUAGAAUCUGAAGACCACAAACACCUGGCUAAAUUUCCUUCAGUCCCCAUUGGUGGUAUAUGCUCUGACCUUCGAUAUUGUUUAGCAUUCUGUGAUGGAGAUAAUUACCUUCAGUCCUGGAACUUGGCUUCCAAGAUCAAUGACAAGUCUUUGACUGUCACUGCAAGCAACACGAAGAAAACAAAUGGUAUUCAAGAUAUCGUGACAAUGAAAAAUUAUCCCAGGUAUGCUGUGUGCCGAAACACAAGUCCAGGAGUCAUAACAGUGUGGAAUAUUGCAAAAUCCAAGUGUAAACAUAAUGCUGUGAGGGUGGAAAGAGGGCUGGUAGAGAACACAGACAUUGUACUGGCUAGAGACAUGAAACUUUAUAUCCUUACAGGCAAGGGAAUAGCCUCCUUUGCAGAUCCUUCAAGAUCCAUUUUCCAGACGCUGUUAGUUUAUGAUCUUCUGAAAAAGAAGUACAUAAAGAAGCAGAGUGGGCUUUACAUAAUUCCUUGUCCAAAUAAUGAAUACAAGGUGCUAGAAAGAGGCCUUCUACUUGGCCUCUCCGAGAACAGAGACCAUUUUGUUACCUGGAACUUGGAGACAGGACUUAUUAAGGAUCGAAUAAGACCAGAAUACAAAGAAAAAUUUGUCCCGCAAGCUACUCGAUCUACUACCCAUUCCCCAUCCAAAGAAAACAUAAAAAAACACAAAGGAGUUUUGUAUAAAGAAAUAACAGCAUUAUGGCAUCCCUGGGAAAAGCGAAAUGAAACAAAUACUGGAAAGAAAAGGAAGAAGGAAAAGGCAUUAAAACUGGAGGUGGAAACAUUACAAAAACUAGCUAAAGAGAAGAACAAUGCUAUUGAUCAGUUCCUCCUGAGUGGAGAUGAGAAGAUAGCUGUGUGUUCCUACUAUGCACAUCAUCUGUCAGUGUUCAGCUUGGAAACUAUGUCCUAUCUCCAUACUCUUGAGAGCAGAGAAUCAAUGCUUUUCUUAUAUAAUGCUACCUUAACAUAUACUGGGCAUUAUCUAGUGCUUUCCAAUUACAGUGAGGAGGAAAAAGUCAGCUAUGUAACACUAUGGAAUUUAAUCACGGGAAAGAUUAGAAAAAGAUUAAAAAAUGAGCCUAAUGUCUGCUGUACAGCCAUUACUGCUGAUGGCAGUAGGAUCAUUUUUGGAGUGAUGGUGGAUAACCUGAUUAAAAUUUGGGAUCCAUUUAAGCACAGACACAAAUUAAUCCAAGGUUAUGAAGGUCUUGAUCUGACUGUAAACAGCAAACUGCACAUAUUAGAUGGAACAAAAGCUGUUCUACUUGCAGGUGAAGUCAGUUUCUGGGAUUUGGAGAACGGCACACUUAUAUCCAUCUUUACAUUUGAUAGCAAAAUCUCUUGCAUGACUGUUGCCUGUGACAAAAAGACAGUUCUUUUAGGCUUGAGCAACAGCUCUACUCUCACCACUUUGAAAAUGAGCAUAAAUACUGCUGGAAGUUCAACAGGAAAAGAUUUGUUUGGAGAAGACUCAUCAAGCAGUGAAGAAGAACUUGGAAGUAUUUAAAUGAGAGUUUGAACAAAAUGAAAUCAUGAGCAUUAACAAAUGAAACUCUGUGUACUGGAUAUAGUUUAAAAAUAAUUAUCUUUGUUUUUAAAAAAUGCAUAUAACAUUGACCUAAAAGGAAGACAGUACUAAUCCCCCUAUCUGUAAAUUAGUUCCCCCUUCCCCCUACUAAUUGCCUGCAAGUUGUGGGAGGAGAAAAAGUUGGUAUCUUACCUUUAUGUUUAGAGAAAGAUAUGGCUGAUAACAUACAAAUAAUGAAAGUAACUGGCAGAAACAAAAACAGAAUAGGAAGCUGCUAUCAUCAGCUCUGCCUUUCUCUUGUAGCCCCAUAUUGUAGAGGAUUGUGCAAGGGGAUGAGAACCUUUUAGCCUCCACUCCUGUGUAAAGGAGAACUCAAGGGACACUGUAUAGUACACAGUGAGGAAUGCAAGGAGAAUGCAGAGACCACUCUGACCAGAGUCAUAAACGUAAGAAUUACUGAACUCAACUGGACUUAAUGCAGAAUAAGCCAGUACAAAGG